GGCCGCGCCCUCUACCAUGAACCUGCACCAGGUGCUGACGGGCGCCGUGAACCCCGGGGACAGCUGCUUCUCCGUGGGCAGCCUACACGACCGGCCCUUCACGGCAUAUGCAUCAGGAUGUGAUAUUGUGGUACUGGGGACUGACUUUGAAAGAUUACAGAUAAUCCCUGGAGCAAAACAUGGAAACAUUCAAGUGGGAUGUGUGGACUGUUCAGUGCAACAGGGGAAGAUUGCAGCUUCUUAUGGAAAGGUGAUUUGUAUCUUUGAGCCAGUUAGCAACUUGAAGAAGAACAGCAGUCAUCAUAAUAUGUUACAUUACCAGUGGCAGAAGAAUGCUCAAAUCUCACUGGAAGCCAUAGCACAUAAUCUAACAUGGGAUCCCACAGGUACUCGCCUUCUGACUGGCUCCAAUUGUCUUCAGCUUUGGUCCACUGUUCAUUUGGAAAACCCUGCUGACAAUGGCAGCACUGAAAGAACAGGUGUUGGACUUGGAGAGUGGAGAUGUAUCUGGCAAUGCAAAACUGCUUCUCAAGUUUGUUUAAUGAAAUUCUCACCAGAUGGGGAGUUUUUUGCUACUGCUGGAAAGGAUGACUGUCUUGUGAAAGUAUGGUACAACACAGAGAGCUGGCGGUCAGCUGUAACACCACCUGGUGCCAGUCCAGAAAACCAGUCAAAAGAACUUGAUUUUUCAUUUGUUUAUUUGGCUCAUCCUCGAUCAGUAAAUGCGUUUUCAUGGAGAAAGACCAGUAAAUUCAUGCCACGUGGUGCUGUCUGCAAUGUACUCCUGACUUGCUGUAAGGAUAAUGUUUGUCGUCUCUGGGCAGAGACUUUGUUACCCAAUGACAGUCUGUUGUAUGGGGGAGGAUACAGCAACUGGAGUGAAGCAGCGAACUUCACAAAUAACUUGAAUAGAAAUAUUUCAAGCAAAGAAAAAGUGCAGAGUGCAUUAGAGUUAAACCUGAGGCACUUCCGACGAGGAAGGAGGAGGUUGGGUGCUGUUGUAGCACAUACUGGAUAUGCUCUGCAUCAGCAAGAUCCUCAUGAAGCUCACAGGAAUGUUAUUCCUCAUGCAAAUGCCCUUUGCCACUUCCAUAUUGCUGCCAGUAUCAAUCCAGCCACAGAUAUUCCUCUAUUGCCUUCUAUCACAUCUCUAAGCCUUGGUGAAAAUGAAGAAAAAAGUGGACCUUUUGUUGUACACUGGCUAAACAACAAAGAACUUCAUUUUACCUUAUCUAUGGAAGUGUUUUUGCAACAACUUAAAAGGAGUUUUGACCAUCAUUCUCCUGAGACUAAUACUGAAAAUUCUAAUCAAAUGGAUGGCAGAUCAGAAGAAGAAGCUGAUGAAAAUGGAGAUGAACAAAAAGGAAACCAAGAGAAGAAGGAACUGGGUGAUGAGAAAGCUGCUCCAUAUUCAAGCCUUGUUCCUUUGUCUUCUGCUAUUUUUGAUCAUGAAAUUGAAGUUUUGCUUUCUGAAUGGAAUAAAAAUGCUGACAUGCUCUUCAGUAUACAUCCUAUGGAUGGCUCCCUGCUGGUGUGGCACGUGGACUGGCUAGAUGAAUACCAGCCUGGCAUGUUUCGCCAGGUGCAGGUGUCAUUUGUCUCAAGAAUUCCUGUUGCGUUUCCAACGGGUGAUGCAAACUCUCUUUGCAGAAGUAUAGUGAUGUAUGCUUGUACCAAAAAUGUUGACUUAGCUAUCCAACAAGGCAAACAAAAGCCUCCUGGCCUUACACGAUCUUCAUCUAUGCUUAUCUCUUCUGGACACAGUAAAUCAACCAACAGCUUAAAACUGAGUAUCUUCACACCUAAUGUUAUGAUGAUUUCCAAACAUGCAGAUGGGUCACUGAACCAGUGGCUAGUGAGUUUUGCUGAAGAAUCUGCCUUUUCAACUGUACUCAGUAUUUCACACAAAUCCCGAUAUUGUGGUCACCGUUUUCAUCUUAAUGACUUGGCUUGCCACUCAGUGUUACCACUGCUGCUUACAACCUCACAUCACAAUGCUCUAAUUUCACCAGAUGUUGAGAAAGCAAUACAGGAAAAUGCUUCUUUUAAGUCUCAGGAGUCACAAGUGAGACCUCAGAGUAGAAGUAAUGCAAGUGUGACAUCCCAGGAUCCCAACGCUGUUUACAGUGAACUUAUUCUUUGGAGAGUGGAUCCUGUUGGGCCUUUGUCCUUUUCUGGUGGAGUUUCUGAGCUUGCUCGGAUCAAUUCUCUUCAUGUUUCAGCUUUUUCUAAUGUUGCAUGGCUGCCCACACUUAUACCCAGCUAUUGCCUUGGUGCAUACUGUAAUUCUCCAAGUGCCUGCUUUGUGGCUAGUGAUGGACAGCAUUUAAGAUUAUAUCAAGCUGUAAUAGAUGCUAAGAAACUUCUGUGUGAGCUCUCCAGUCCAGAAAUUUCUAAAUAUGUUGGUGAAGUUUUUAACAUCAUAAGUCAGCAAUCUACAGCUCGCCCAGGAUGUAUCAUUGAACUAGAUGCCAUCACAGAACUUCAUGGCCGGAAAACACAGUUAUUCCAUGUUUUUCAAGAAGACUUCAUUUUAAAUAACCAGGAGAAGGAAAUGCCUUUAAAGAAGAACAGUUUAUCAGACUCUGGAAACCAGCAGAAUGGAUUCUCUGAAAAAUUCUACUUAAUAGUGAUAGAGUAUACACAAAACCAUUCAUUACUACAUAUGUGGCAUUUACAUUUGAAGGCAAUUCCUGUCUCAAUGGAUGAAAAAAUAGGUUUAAAUCCACCUGAAGAAGCAACACAAACAGAAGAAUCAUAUUCUUCACCAGAUCCAGAGAAGAUCCAAUCACCUUUCACUCAGAAAUAUCGGGCUUGUAGAGCAAACCUUCAGAGCACCAGCUGGCUUACUCUGUCUUCCAAAAUGGUGUAUAGUCAAGAGCUGAGUAUGCCAGAAGGAGUAGAAAUAAUAAGUGUCAAGCCAUCAGCAGGACACCUCAGUAGUUCUUCCAUAUAUCCUGUUUGUCGUGCACCUUAUCUGCUGGCUACUUCCUGCUCUGAUGGAAAAGUUAGAUUCUGGAGAUGCAGGGUUGUCAUGGAAUCAUCAGCUUCUUCCAUGCCACAAUAUGGCACAGACAGUGAUGUUCAAUAUGUAUGGGAAGAAUGGCCAUUACUGAUUGAGGAUGGACUUCCUAGCAGUAGUGCUAUUAAUGUUCCAGGGAUGCCAACUGAUGUCAGCUGUGCACACACAAACAGAUUAGCAGUAGCGUACAAGCAGGCAGCAACUAGAAAUAGCAAUCUUUCUCAAGAUUUUGUGAUGCACGUUAGUAUUUUUGAAUGUGAAUCUACAGGGGGUUCUUCUUGGAUUUUAGAACAGACACUUAAUUUAGAUGAGGUAGGCACCAUGUUGGACUCAGGUAUUAGUGUUGAUAUAGUGUCAGAUAACCAACAAGAUACUCUUAUGUCUUAUGGUGGGAGUAUUAUACCCAAUGCUAAACACUUGGUACACUUAGAUUGGAUGUCUAGGGAAGAUGGUUCACAUAUUCUGACAGUGGGGAUUGGAUCAAAACUUUAUAUGUUUGGUCAGCUGUCUGGGAAGAGGCAAGAACAAAAUUGUAAUGAGAUUGUAGCUGUUUCCCACAGUGGCAGUCCCAAGGCUGAAACCUUUUCUGGUUUUGUUUUACUGCGUUGUGUUGACUUGGUUUCAUCUGUAGAGGGUUCAGCUCCUUUUCCUGUAUCCUUGUCUUGGGUGCGUGAUGGCAUUCUGGUAGUUGGAAUGGAUUGUGAAAUGCAUGUUUAUUCCCAGUGGCAAUCUCCUUCUAAGCAGGAACUAGUUAGUACAGAUUCCUACAGUGAAAGUAUGCCAUGCAUAGCUAGCUUAAUGAAACAAAGCCAGUCAGCUGUCUCAGGUCUGCGUCCACCAAAGAGAACCUUGACCAGAUCUAUGACCAGCCUUGCACAGAAACUUAGUGGGAAAAGAUCUGCCUCUGAUCUGUCUAUGGAGAUGGAAGAUUCUGGUCUUUUUGAGGCAGCUCAUACAUUAUCUCCAACUUUACCUCAGUACCACCCGUAUCAGCUGUUGGAACUCAUGGAUCUUGGUAAAGUACGCAGAGCUAAAGCCAUUCUGUCCCAUUUGGUGAAGUGCGUUGCUGGAGAAGUUGUUGCUAUAAAUGAGUCUGAACCUAAUCAUGACAAGAGGCUCAGAUCUCUGACAAUCAGCGCUAGUGGAAGUACUGCAAGAGAUCCCAAAAUGUUCAGCAAAACAGAGACUACAGACUAUAUAGAAAUAGACUCUGUUCCACCAUUGCCUCUGUAUGCUCUGCUUGCUGCAGAUGAUGAUUCAUCUUAUUCCUGUUCAGAGAAGUCCAAUAAUCAGAAUAGUCAAAAUAAAAAGGAUAUGCCCAGUGACAGUUAUGAAAAUCUCUUCCAAAAUACUGUUAUAAGUACAGAUGACCUUGUCCCAUUUGAGGCAGAUGAAGACAGUUCAAAACCAACAGUCAUUGAUCUUUCUCAAUACAGCCCAACUUACUUUGGACCAGAACAUGCUCAAGUUCUUUCUCGUCACUUGCUUCAUUCAAGCUUGCCAGGUCUGACUAGGAUGGAGCAAAUGUCAUUGAUGGCCUUGGCAGAUACAAUUGCUACUACCAGUACUGACAUUGGAGAAAGUAGAGACAGAAGUCAGGGUGGAGAAACUCUUGAUGAGUGUGGUUUAAAAUUUUUAUUGGCUGUCCGGCUUCACACCUUUCUGACAACUGCGCUUCCUCCUGUGCAUCGAGCCCAGCUGCUUCACCAAGGCUUAUCUACUAGUCACUUUGCCUGGGCUUUCCAUUCUGUAGCGGAGGAAGAACUCCUGAGUAUGCUUCCUGCAGUGCAGAAGGGGGAUCCAACAUGGUCAGAGCUCAGAGCUAUGGGUGUGGGGUGGUGGGUUCGAAACAUCCACAGCCUCCGGAAAUGCAUAGAAAAGGUGGCUAAAGCAGCUUUCCAGCGAAACAACGAUCCACUUGAUGCUGCCAUAUUUUACCUUGCGAUGAGGAAGAAGGCUGUUAUCUGGGGAUUAUACAGGUCCCAGAAAGAUACUAAAAUGACACAGUUUUUUGGAAACAACUUUACUGAGGACAGAUGGCGUAAAGCAGCAUUAAAGAAUGCUUUUUCUUUGCUUGGCAAACAGCGUUUUGAACAUUCUGCAGCAUUUUUCUUGUUGGCAGGACACUUAAGAGAUGCAGUGGAGGUCUGCCUUGAGAAGCUACGUGACAUUCAGUUGGCUCUUGUAAUAUCGAGACUUUAUGAAUCAGAGUUUGAAGUGUCAAGUACUUACAAAUCUGUACUACAGAAGAGAGUUUUGGGAAGUGUGUCUACUGGAAAAGAGAACUCAGGAAACAUAAACUGUGACCCUUUCUUGCGAAGCAUGGCAUACUGGAUUUUGGAAGAUUAUAGCAAGGCUCUUGACACUUUGAUUAAACAUUCUGUUGAAGAUGAAGGAGAUGGAGAUGGUUCAAGUUGUAACCCUGCAGUGUUUAACUUCUAUAACUACCUAAGAACACAUCCUCUCUUGCUGAGACGUCAUUUUGGCUCUUCUGAUACAUCUUCCACACAUAUUUGCCUAACAGUAGAAAAUGGAUUAGCUGACAAAAUCAACCUAGGUGAAAGACGGCUAUUUUUCACCACUGCGUAUGCUCAUCUAAAAGCUGGUUGUCCUAUGUUGGCCUUAGAAGUGUUAUCAAAGAUGCCUAAAGUUGUCAAGAGGUCAAAGUCAUUCUGUAAAUCUCCUAGUUUAGUGGAUACUGGUAAAGAUUUCUCACCAUAUUCUCCAGUUAAUGAGUUUGAAACAAAAGAUCAAGCUUCCAGUAUUGAUUGGUCACAGCCAGUAUUCAAUGGCCUAGGUUCAUCUUCAGAUUGUUCAUCAGGAAAACAUGUAGAUUCCACUCUUUCCUUUGAUUGGAGCCAGCCAAGUGCUCUAUUCCAAGAUGAACAAUUGCAACUACAAUUAGACAGUGAUGAAAAUGAUGAGAGUGAAGGUUCUUUGCUGGUAAUGAAAGAGCUAAAACCUCUGAAGAAAACUGAAAAAUUACAUGAAACAAGUUCUAGCUACACUGAAUCUUUUAGUGUAGUUGAUGACAAAGAUAUUUUAAGUCCAUCAGAAGAUAUCAUUUCAGCACAGCUGAAGUUUAGAGCGUGCCUGAAAAUCCUUACUGUGGAGCUUCGUACACUGUCCACUGGCUAUGAAGUGGAUGGUGGAAAGUUGCGGUAUCAGCUUUACCAGUGGCUUGAGAGGGAAGUGGUAGCUCUUCAGAAGACCUGUGAUUAUGGUGUUGAAGUAGAAGAGAUACAGUCAGGAGUUAGAGGGAUGCCAGAGGAAGCUACAUUACGUGAAAACACUGAAGACUUAACUGACCAGGAAAAAACUAUGCUACAGAAAGAAGACUUUCAGAAAAGACGUCAGUGGCUUCUGAAAUACCAGUCUCUCCUCAGAAUGUUCCUUAGUUACUGUAUACUUCAUGGAUCACAUGGUGGAGGCUUGGCAUCUGUCAGAAUGGAAUUAAUUCUGCUUCUGCAGGAAUCUCAACAGGAGCAGUCAGUGGAGAUACCUUCAAGCCCUCCACCAGAGCAAAGCUCCAUACCUCUCCUAUUUGCUUGCACAGCUAGUGCCAAAACAGUGGUGGCUAAUCCAUUGCUACAUCUUGGCAACUUGACUCAUGAUAUAUUACAUGCUAUAAUAAACCUUGAUUCACCACCUCAUCCAGAUACUCAGAACAGCAAGAUAUAUGUAAUGCAUACCCUAGCAGCAUCGCUCUCUGCUUGCCUCUACCAAUGUCUCUGUGAUGGCCACAGCUACAGCUCUUUUCAAGCAAAUCAGUUCACUGGGACAGUGUACCAGACAGUCCUGUUAACUCAGCGUCAUUCUUUAAGAACAGCAAGUUUAGAAGAAACAGUGACUCCCAACACAUCACCUGCUCAGUGGCCAGGAAUGACAGCUCUAAUACGUCUCUUGAAUUCUGCUGGCGAGGAAGCCCAGCCAGGUCUCACCGUUCUACUUUGUGAAAUUCUAACUGCGGUCUAUCUCAGCCUGUUCAUCCAUGGCCUUGCAACACAUUCUAGCAAUGAGUUGUAUAGAAUUAUGGCUCAUCCACUUAACAAUAAAAUGUGGUCUGCUAUCUUUGGAGGAGGAGCUCAUACACCCAGCAGAGGACAAAGGUUUAAAACAACAUCGCUGUUGUAUUCUGUCAUAGAUGAUGGAGAGAAACAGCAAAAACAUUCCAGGCUUUCAUCAAAAACUCCUCCAAAAGAAAGUUCUCAGUUGCCUGCAUUGCCAUUGGUAGACCAACAAUCAUCACCAUCUUACAAGGAAAGAUUUAUCCCUCCCGAGCUUAGCAUCUGGGAUUAUUUCAUUGCUAAGCCAUUUCUUCCAUCUCAAAGUAGAGUGGAAUAUGAUUCAGAGGAGAGUCAGGAAAGUGAUGAAGAUGAUGAAGACAAUGAUGGAGACACGUUUGCAUCAAAUUUACCUAACCAAGAGCAUUCUAAUUCAAAUUCUUACAGUUGGUCACUGAUGAGAUUGGCAAUGGUUCAGCUGGUACUUCACAAUUUGAAGAUUUUCUACCCUUUGGCUGGACAUGAUCUUUCAGAGCUUCCAGUUAGUUCCCCGACAUGCCAUGCAGUUUUGAAAACUCUACAGCGCUGGGAACAAGUUCUUCUCCGACGUCUUGAGCUGUAUGGGGGUCCUCCUCAACAUUAUAUUUCAGUUCAUGCUUCUGAAGAUGCCCUUGCUGCUGGUCCUGCAUUGCUUCGCCACAAAACUUUACUUGAGCCUACAAACACUCCUUUCAGAUCUAGCAGUCAUGUUGCACAGUCUGUGAAGAGGCUCUGGCAAUACUUGGUCAAACAGGAAGAAAUCCAGGAAACUUUUAUCAGAAAUAUUUUUACAAAGAAGCGAUGCCUAAAUGAGUCAUCAGAGGAGCACAAUGAAAUAAUGAAAAAUUCUGUGGGGGAGGAGCCCAUCGUCAAUAAGGUAGAAACAGAUUUGGGAUACUCUGGUGGCAAGGCAAGAAUCAUCCAUAAAGAGUCGGACAUCAUUACUGCUUUUGCAGUCAAUAAAGCAAAUCGGAACUGCAUUGCAAUAGCAUCAAGUCAUGAUAUUCAAGAAUUGGAUGUUUCUGCAAUUUUAGCUACGCAAAUCUAUACCUGGGUUGAUGAUGAUAUGGAAAUAGAAAAUAAAGGGGCUGAUGAUUUCCUAGUUAUACAUGCUCGUGAUGAUCUGGUAAAUGUUCAGGGAAGCACUCCUUAUACACAUAGUAAUCCUGGCACACCUAUCAAUAUGCCUUGGCUUGGUAGUACACAGACUGGCAGGGGUGCAUCUGUGAUGCUCAAGAAAGCUAUUAAUAAUGUCAGAAGAAUGGCUUCUCAUCCAACGCUGCCAUAUUACCUGACAGGUGCUCAAGAUGGAAGUGUAAGAAUGUUUGAAUGGGGCCAUGCACAGCAAAUCACAUGUUUUCGAUCUGGUGGCAACUCAAGGGUAACUCGAAUGCGGUUCAAUUACCAAGGAAAUAAGUUUGGAAUUGUUGAUGCUGAUGGAUAUAUCAGUUUAUAUCAGACAAAUUGGAAAUGUUGCCCACUUACUGGAGCUUCACCUAAGCCAUAUUUGACAUGGCAGUGUCAUAGCAAAACAGCCAAUGACUUUGUUUUCAUCAGUUCAUCAUCUUUGAUAGCUACAGCAGGAUUUUCUUCUGACAACAGAAAUAUUUGUCUUUGGGAUACUCUGGUUUCUCCUACAAACAGCUUAGUGCAUGCUUUUAUCUGUCAUGAUAGUGGAGCAACUGUGUUAGCGUAUGCUCCAAAACACCAGCUGUUGAUAUCUGGAGGCAGAAAAGGCUUUACCUGUGUAAUUGAUCUUCGCCUAAAGCAGCAGCAACAGUUACUCCAGAGUCAUGAUUCUCCAGUCAAAGCAAUUGCUGUUGAUCCUACAGAAGAGUAUUUUGUCACAGGAUCUGCUGAAGGCAACAUAAAGGUAUGGAGUCUGUCUACUUUUAAUCUUCUUCACACUUUCAUCAAUGAGCAUGCUCGACAGUCUCUCUUCAGAAACAUCGGGACAGGAGUCAUGCAAAUUGAAACAGGACCAGCAAAUCACAUAUUCUCCUGUGGUGCUGAUGGAACAGUAAAGAUGAGAAUCUUGCCAGAUAGAUUCAGCCCUUUAAAGGAUGUGUUAAAAAAUGAUGUGAAGUUUAUGAUCUAAUGUUUUUCUCAGAAUAGUGAAUAACAUUCCCCUUCUGCCAUCCUUGAAAAUAUUUUUCCUGGAGCUAACCAACAAAGCAGAUGCACAAUGAUAGCUUAUGACACAAAGAUGUUUUGGGGAUUUUUCUUUCUCCUCUUCUGCCCCCAAUCCCUUAUUUAUUAAUUACCUGGAGCUUUUAGUCCCUGUUGCACUAAUGCCUUAAAGAUUAAAAGGUCCUUCAGAUUUUGGUCAUUGCUUAAAAUAAAAGCUAAAUACUAUUCCACAUUAUGUAGUUAGAAUUUAUAAAGAUGUUGCUGAAUUAGUUUACUCCUCUUCUUGAGGUAGUUACACUCUCACCUGGAGUGUACCAUCUGGGCAUGACCUCUGCUUAUAUUCAACAACAUGCCACCUUGUAAAAGCUUGUCUAUCCUGAUGGAAACCUUAGGUAAUGUUCUUUUCACUGUGGCAGCCAUAACUGUUUCUCUUCUCAAUUUUAGUCAGCCAACAAUAAAAAUUUAUGUGCAGAAGAGAAACAGAGUCUCCAGGAGGGACUACUCCUGGUCAUGCAGGCAUUCAUACAAUGAGCCACAUUCUCUCUCCAUUCCUGAAAUCCAGGCUGUUUACCUCUCUAACUUGCCAGAUCUCCUUCCUCUCAUUUAGAGUAUAAGAAACUGAAGGAUGUUCUGUAACUUGUCUUCUGUUCUAUAGCUUGAAUCACUGCCAUCAGGAUGGCAGGCUGACCUUUUGAAAACAAAUAUAUUUUUAACCCUGAACACUCCCUUUACAGAAAAUAAAAUGUAAGUAUGAAUGGAUAUCUUCCUAGUAAGAUAGUCAAGAUUAUGUGUGAAGCCUUAGACUUGAUCAAAAAGAUACAGGCAGAUACUGCUUUAGGAUAUGGCACUAGAAUUUCUUCAAAGACUAUUUAUUUAGAUGUCUGUAGAGGAAAUAAAAACCAACCUAAUUUAUUUUUACAUUUUUUCCAGUAAUACUUUUAUUUAUCCCAAAGAUAAUCCAUUCUUAGCACUUACAGUCUUAUUUGUCUGUUUUUUCUAAGUACUUUAAAAAAGGUAAAAGGAAGUAAUAGAUCAUCAGCAAAAUACUUCUACACUGUCAGUCUUUCUUUCUUGAUCUACUUGUUUUUGUUUACAUCUGGUGUCAGAUGAAAGAAAACAAACUGAGAAGGAUAGAUGUAGAGGGGUAUUUUUUGCCAAAAUAUUAAACUGCAUAACUUAAAUGUUUGACCAAAUUAUUAAUGCACAAGGCCUUUUUUUUUUUAGUCAACUAAACUGUUUCUGUAUGUAUUUUGGAUUACUUUACCUUACUUGAGAGCUUGACAGAGGUUUAAUUUGUAAAUUAGAUGUGAGGCUGGAUUACUUGAAUGCCAAUGGUGUACUUUUUGCUAAAAGAUAUUUUGUGAAAUAUAAUACCAAGAUAUUAACUGUAAAAUAAACUUGUCAAAUUAGGAACUAUGGGGAUAAAUAAAGCAUAGCAGAAAUGAAGGGCUUGUAAAAUGAACUAUGUAACAUUCUCAGGAUGCUUUUAUCUUAAGAAUAUAAAGUUGUUUAAAAAGAUUUUGUAAAAUGUAUUAAGGUCAUUUUAAAUGUAUGUUGCGCAAGUUGCAGUGCAAACACUAUGAAGGUUUUUAUGCACAUAACCUGAAUUGUCAAAUUGUGCAAUAAAAAGAAUGUGAAUGUUUUGCCAUGAAGAAACAUGUGGCAGCAUUUCAAACUAGUACAGCUGUUCAGUGAUUCAGUUGUAAUUGUUCUUCCUUAACACUUAGAGAUUGAAAUUGAACGUGAUUUCAAAACAGUUUAAGUAUAGUGAUGGACCAGAAAAGUGACUAGAAGUGAUACCACCUUACACAACAGACUUGCCCAAUGAGUUAUCUGCUCAGUGGCUGAGUUUCUAAUAUUCUUUAUUUUUAUGGAAGAAGGAAAACAGUGAAGUAAACAGUAGCACACUCCUUUAGAAUCAGCUGAAACCGUGACUUUGUAGCUGCUUUAUAUACAUGCAUCAGUUUUAUACACCCACUGAGCUAACAAAGUUUUAAGUGUACAAAAAUCAUGGCAGUAUUAUAUAAUUGUGUCCUUGUCCCUUUGUCCUUAAAUAUUUAUAUCUUAUUAGCUUUAAUUCUUCAAGCUGAAAUCUGUUGUACUGGCAAUUACAAAAAGCUAUCUUACCAUCUGCAAACUGAGCAGAUUUUAAAUGCAAUUUGCCAAGAAAUACCAUGUUGUCAUUUUUUUCUGAGUAAAGCUGCACUUUGAAAAAUCCUGGCAAACUUACGCUUAUACCUGAAAAGUACUGACCUUGACCAGGCAUUUUCAAUUAUGUUUAUAGUUACCAUAAGCUAUUCUCGAAAUUAAAUUGUGUAAAAUCAUAAUGUAUUUGCCACACCUUUAUAAUCUUUACAAUAAAUCCUGCAGAAACUUAAUGUUCUAGAGUUCCAUGUUGCUGCUAUUUCAUUUACAAAUCAGUUGUUUGCUUGCAUAUUGUUCAUUGAUAUUUAACUAUUGUAAGGCAAAUUAUCAGUAGCUUUCUUGUAAUGAUGGAGUAAAAAUGAGUUAAAUUCUGUUUUGUGUGAAACUUUUAAAGGGACACUCUCAACUUUGAGUCUAGUCAUUGGAGAAGAACUGAACUCAGUUCUGGCUGUUGCCCUUAACUUCCACUGACUUCUGUUCUCCAGCAAUUAAUGCUUUUUCCCUGUUGCUAUGCAAGUUAUUAAAACUUAAGGGUACUAGUGCCUAGAGAGGUCCCGAUGCUUAAAGUAGCCAUGUGCACAAACUGAAUAUAGAAUUUGAUUUUGCCAGUGCUUAAUCAAUAAUACUUUAUUGUCCAGACAAAAUAAUUUAGCUUGUAGUUGAUAAUGUCCCUUUUAAAUAUCAUAGACUGGGAGUUGUGACUUGUGUUUGUCUGUGUAGCAGUACAUAAUGCUGUCAGUGUGUCAUUCUUGUGUUGCUAACUGUUUCCAUUUCCUCAGAUACAUGGUCCAAGUUCUUCCUGAUUACUUCAGCAACUUGUGAAAGUUAAAACUCUGGCCAUCUGGGUACUUAAACUGGCUUGCUGUGUGACAUUACACCAGAAAAUUCUCAGCUGACAGCUGCUAUGGCAGGAUGUUGAUGGAGAAAGGUGGAAUAGAUGCAGAUUUUGUACCAUGCCAGGGUGGUGCAGAGUGAGGUCAUACAUGUUCUACUGCAUUUUAGGAACCUCAGAACCAGUUGCAGGAAAUAAACUAUGGAGAUAUCCUACACUAGGUACCCCCUUCCUAUUUAGAGCACCCAGUGUUAGAUUAGAUGCAAUAGUUACAAAAAAGCAAGUGAUUAAGGGGAAAUAGGCUUGGAGAUAAGUUCUCCAAGGUAAUUAUUUUAAAAUCUUUAUUUUUACUAAAAAUAGCAAAACCAUCGCUAAUGGCAGGUUCAGCACACUGAUCAAACUACUUUCUAUAAAAUAAAGAUAUUGAUUUACCAAG